CAUUUAAUUCUGCCGCUCUUCGCAGGUUUUACUAGUGUAUUUCGCGUUGAUCAGUGAAAUGGGUGAGGAUACGCCAGCGGUGCCAUCCGCGGAUGUUGAAGAAGCGAUGAUCUUCCGUCUUGUCCGCGAGAAGGAUGUCGAAGGUAUCCGGCGAUAUCUGCAAGAUUCCAACGUUGUUCCGAUUCAGUACGAUGGUGAAGGAAUGACUCCGUUGCAACACGCUGCUUACCGCGGUGGCUAUGAGAUUUGUCGUUUAUUGAUAGACCAUGGAGCUGAUGUAAACGCGACAAAACAUGCUCACAAGUAUUCAACGCUGCAUUUCGGUGUGAUGUCAGGAAAAUGCGAUCUUGUUCGUCUACUUCUAGACCACGGUGCUGAUCCUACUGCCAAGAACACGGUUGGCAAAACUGCUUCUGAAAUCGGGGCAUUCGUGGGUAAUCAUGACGCUGUUUCUGUAAUCAAUAAUUACGUUCCACUCUCAAGUCUUGACGGGCCGUUCAAAGCCAAGAAGGUAACCGCAGAAGUCAGGGCAGCAAUUGAAAAUCCAAUGCACGAUCUCAUUUGUACUGGAAAUGUUCACCCUGUGAGCGUGAUCAAUUUUGCGGAGAAGCAAAUUUCUUUAGUGGUUAACGCUAAGCUUGUUGGUGAAAUAUUAGAAUACAUGAUGAAUCGCGAGAUGUCAGUGGAUGGUGAUGCAAAUACCAUUCUUGCAUUCAAGCUUCACGUACUGUCAAAUUAUGAGAAACUUCUGUCAACUGCAUGUUCCAGUGAAGACAAAAGCAAACAUCUGCUUGCUCUCAAGAAAAAGUUCCUAACUGGCGUUGAACCCGACGGUACGCAAGAAUACAUGGAGAAGUACCUUCGUGAGGUCAUUCGUCUAUUCCCUUUCGUGCAAUCUCCGAUGAUUGUGAGUAUCGUCGGAACUUUGGCGGACACAAAAAUUGGAGACCACCCGACGGCGAUCACGUUGAUAAAUUCCCACUUGAAUGGACAGCGGAUGUUCAAGAACUCCGAACCGUGUGUUGCGUGUGGUGCCGAAAGCGCGUCAAAGAAGUGUUCCAAGUGCAAGUCCGUUUCUUAUUGCGAUGCUGUUUGUCAAAAGCUGGAGUGGUUUACUCACAAGAGGUUUUGUCAGAAGUUUUUAAUGGAUCGUCUGGCCGCUGAAGCAGAUAAGAAGUUCACCAUUGCUUAAUGAGAAUUGACGGUUCCUUGAGGAUUGCGAAUGAUACUUCGCUAUGUGGUCCGUGCGUUGGUCAUGAGUAAAGAGUCGGUCACUUGCGAAUGAACGCAGAGCACCGUAUGUUAUCAAGUCCGUUCACCCAUUUCAGAUACCACGUGAAUGUCGUCUGUGAUCCAUGGUUUGGCUGUUGACACAUUAUUUAAAAACAUCUGCUCCCCACUUGAAAGUCGGGAUGAAUCGUUCUCUCUUCGUUCAUCCCUUCUUUGAUGGUAGGUUGGUGCUAUAUUUUAGGCAUUUUGACUCCGCGGUAUAUUCGCCGAGUGCGAUUUGGUUUAAAGCGAUUUCAAUGGGCAUGUAAUUCCUAUCGAUUUCUUGAAGAGCUCCCAGCUUUUCUUUUCGAAUUAUUAUAAUGUAGAGCUCAAACCAUCGGAUUGACAUUCUAGAUUUGCUCAUGUCGACUUGCUGUUGUCCUCCACACUUGAUGUUGCUUCUUCCGUGGGUACCAAACGGACAAGAUGUGUUUUGCAGAAUCCAGCUGUGUAUGAAA